AUGCAGGACAAAACUAUUGGGUUCAUUGGAGACUCCCUGGGCCGGCAGCAGUUCCAGUCACUCAUGUGCAUGGUCACUGCAGGCAACGAGCAGCCUGAGGUUGAGAACAUGGAGACGAAAUACGGGCUGACCAAGCCAAGUGGCGCCAUUCGUCCCGACGGCUGGGCCUACCGCUUCCCUCACACCAACACCACUAUCAUCUACUACUGGUCCGCCACCCUCUGCGCCAUCGAGCCCCUCGACCCAUCGGACCCCUCCACCGACCACGCCAUGUACUUGGACCGACCCCCGGCUUUUCUCAAGCAGCACAUCCCCCAGCUCGACGUUGUGGUCCUCAACACGGGCCACCACUGGAAUAGAGGGAAGUUACGGGCCAACAAAUGGGUGAUGUACGCAAAUGGGAAGCCCAUCACUGACCGGAAGCUGGCAGAGAUGGGCAAUGCCAAAAACUACACCCUCCACAGCAUAGUCCGCUGGCUCGACUCUCAAAUGUCUGUGCGUCCGGAGCUAAAAGUUUUCGUGCGCACGAUUUCGCCGCGGCAUUUUGUGAAGGGGGAGUGGGACACUGGGGGCAGCUGCGACAACCUGAGGCCACUGGCGAGGGGGGGUGAGGUUUUGAGGGAGGGGUCGGCGGACCCUGUCGUGGAGGGGGCCGUGAGGGGGACGAGGGUCCGGAUUCUGGACGUGACGGCCCUUUCCGAGCUGAGGGACGAGGGGCAUAUAUCGAGGUACAGCGUGAAGGCCUCCGAGGGGAUAAACGACUGCUUGCAUUGGUGCCUACCGGGUGUUCCCGACACGUGGAACGAGCUGCUUUAUGCGCAACUUUAG